AUGAACUAUCAGUUAGCAGGUAAAGUAUUGCCUAAUCGAUCACAGCCAACAACCCGUAAUGGUACGAUGAUAUAUCCUGAUUUUAAUACACAACAGUCAAAAAUUCUUGACCGACUCGGUCCUGUAUCAGUUCAGCGUGUUAAUCCAAGCAGAAACGUUCAACCACAAUAUUAUGAUGAAUAUCUUGCUGCUGACAAAGAAAAAGAAGCACAAACAGGUCGAUGGGUUUUAAAUGUUAUAGCAGCAAAUGAAGCAUAUCAAAAAGCACAUAUGGCUAAUAAUAAUAAUAAUGUUUGGUAUACAGAUUCAAAACGAUCAUCCAAUAGUAGAAGUCGAUUACCAAAUGAAACCAUAAUAAAUCCAGCACCAAUUCACAACGGUCAAAUUACUUCUUUGUCAAGAUUUUCUAGUGCAACACCAAUUUAUGACAUUGAAACAAUAGAAAGAUCAAUAAUAUUAUCAUCGACAAGAUCAAGCAGUCGAUCAAGAGAUUGUUCAACAGAUGAUUUUAAUAAUAAUGAUGAGAGCACAUGUCUAUCAAAACGAAUGAUGAUCAUAAUUACAAUAAUAUCAAUAGUUCUUAUCAUUGGUAUUUGUGUUGCAGUUUUAGUUACGAUAUUAGUUGGUCGAAAUGGAUCAUCUACUACUUCAAGUGGAAAGAGUCUUAAAUUAAUAUUAACUCCAUUAAAUCAAAAAAAUCAUUUGAUAUGUCCAAUGCAAAUGUUCAAUAUAACUGAUCCAUUAUGUAAAGGACAAUUUACUUAUAAUUAUUAUUCAUGUUAUCAAAUGGCAACAUCAAAAUUAUUUACUAUUCAAUUUGCUUUACAACAUGAUACAUUAUCUGGUCAUUGGUAUUUUGAUGAUAUCAGUGUUGUACAAAAUAAUAAUAUUCAACUCAUUAUUAAUGGUGGAUUUGAAUCGAAUUUAACUGGAUGGACACUUAAUAUUUCAUCAAAUUCUACACCAGAUACCUAUGUAGAUAGAAUAACAAAUUUAGCUCAUACAGGUUCUGCUUAUCUAUAUGGAGCUUCGAAAUAUUAUCCGGCUUAUAUACAGCAAACAUUUAAAGUUAUUCAAGGUGAAUAUAUUAAUGUAAGUUUUUGGUGGAGAUAUGAUGGAGGAUUAAAAAUAGGACAUACAUGUCAAGUUAUUGGACAGUUAAUACCAUUAUUAUAA